AUGUCGGUAAUUGCCCAAUGUGAGACUGAUGCUGCGCAUUAUGAACGUGUUGAACUGGCUUCCAAGUCCACAGCCAACAUAAGAACCAUUGCAUCAUUUUGCCAUGAAGAGCCAAUUCUCAAGAAAGCAAAGACAUGUCUGGAAAAACCAAAAUGGAGGAGCAGGAAAGAAAGCAUCAAGUAUAGGCUCAUUCAGGGCAUUUCCCUUUUACCUUCAGUCACAGAAUUAUCGACACUGAUCCCCACUAUCAUCUCUGACAUUGGUGCACUGACUCCUGCAUUCGAAACCCUUGACCGGGAGACCAAAAUUGAAUCAGAUGUUCCAGACAGUUCAGAUCUUGAAAAGAUCAUCUUACAAAUUGAAGCUGGAUUAAAGGUGGCACUUGUUGGGCCAAGUGGAUCCGGAAAGUCCUCAGUUUUGGCCCUUUUGCUAAGAUUCCAUCAUCCUAAAGAAGGAAGGGUUCUAAUCGAUAACAAGAAUGUAAGAGAAUACAAUCUGAGAAAGUUGAAGAGACAAAUCAGGUGGGGGCAACACGAGCCACUUCUUUUUAACUACUCAAUCAGAGACAAUAUCAUCUAUGGGAAUGAAGGGGCUUCUGAAACUGAAAUUGUGAAGGUAUCAAGGGAAGCAAAUAUACACGAGUUUGCGUGUAAUUUGCCGCAAGCAUAUGAUACAGUUGCAGGGGAGAGGGGCUGA